AUGGCUUCCCUACUCAAUACCGGAGCUAUGCCCUCAGAUCAGCCUGGCUACUCGUUCUCAAACUCUGCCGCUGCUACUGAUGCAGCCGGAACGAAGCAACACGCUUUCUACCCAUACACGGACAAUGGCGGUUCAACAUUAGGAAUCACUGGCGCUGACUUUGCUAUCCUCGCUGGUGAUACGCGAUCGACCUCCGGCUACAACAUCAACACCCGCUACGAACCAAAGCUCUUCCGCAUUGGAGAUGAAGAAGACUCAUCACGUAUCGUUCUGUCGGUGGUUGGCUUUGCAGCAGACGGACAUGCGUUGAAAGAACGGCUCGAUGCGAUUGCAAAGAUGUACAAGUACCAACAUGGCAAACCCAUGAGUGUCAAGGCGUGCGCACAGCGACUUUCCACGAUCCUCUACCAGAAGCGAUUCUUUCCAUAUUACGUCCAUGCAAUCCUCGGUGGUCUAGAUGAGGACGGAAAGGGAGCAUUGUACAGCUACGAUCCGGUUGGUAGCUACGAGCGGGAACAGUGUCGAGCUGCUGGUGCAGCGGCCAGUUUGAUCAUGCCUUUCCUGGACAACCAGGUCAACUACAAAAAUCAAUAUAUUCCGGCCUCAGGAUAUGGACACGAAUUGCAACAAAGACCAAUCGAAAGUCUGCCGAAAGACGUCGUGGUGGGACUGGUCAAGGAUGCCUUCUCAAGCGCCACUGAGCGACACAUCGAAGUUGGUGACGGUCUUCAGAUGUUCAUCAUCACGAAGGAUGGGAUUCAAGAAACAUUCACGCCUCUCAAGAGGGACUAG